AAUUAAUUUUCAUAUUCCAUUUAUUUUUGCAGCUUCUUGAUUUGAAGUGUGUUCUCACAAAGACACAAUAAAUUUGAUUGUCAACAAUGGCUAAUGGCUGUGAGAAGAGACGUUUCCUUGAUGAUGAAAUGUCAAGGUUUGAAGCGGAAAUUUUAGGUUCUCCUCCUGAGUCAAAUAUUGAUUCUGAUGACAGGCACGAGGAAUUCAAAAACAGAGGAAAAGAGCCAGGGACAAAGUCUUCGUUGCCUCCGCUGCCUCCACCUCCCAGACCUCCUACUCUGGGGCGACCCCGGCCUCCCCCUCCUGUGGGCCAGACUCCCAACCCUGAUGGAAGUGUUCCUGACCAUAUGCAGGGAGGACCAAGACCUCCAUUUGUAGGGCCUUGUGGCCCAAGGCCUCUUGGUGCUGCCCCUAAUAUGGCCCCUCUAAGACAUCAAGGCCCGCCUCAUCGUCCCUUUGGGCCUAAUGCCCCCCCAGAUCAAUAUGGCCCGUCUGGCCCUCAGCAUUAUGGCCCCCCUCAACAAUAUUCUAAUGGCCCAGGCCCAUACAGACCUUAUGGGCCUCAAGGCCCUAAUGAUUACAACAUGCAAGGAUCUAAUGGACCCUACAUGGCUCGAGGUCCUCAAGCUGUAGGGCCUCACACACCUCAUGGUCCUCCCCCUCCCAUGGCCCCACGCAUGUCCCCAGCAUUUGUCCCCCCUCAGCUCAUGAGGCCACCAAACCUCCGGCCACCGCCACCACCGCCCCCUGCCCACCUGCUUAGACAGCCCCUCCUAGCUCCUCCUUCAGGCGCUCAUAGUGUCGUCACUGCGCUGCCUACAGCGCCUCCUCCGUUAGUAGAUGCCUUUUCCUUUGACGGGAAGGGCGCUUAA